UUUUGAAACUAAUCGAAAUGAGGGGGCGGAAAUGUUUCUAAACAUGGUUCCUUUGUCACUGUUUCGUCACUGCAGCAGGGCAGGCAAUGAGCAGACGAGGCGGGCAGUGCGCAGUUAGCAAGGUAAAACAGGGAUGCUGGAGCGCGGGGCGGCGAGGGAGAUGCGCUGAUAACACAUCUCGGCAACAACAAAGGUACAAAGGAGCGGAAGUGAGGCUCGUGCGAUCAGCAGAGAUACGCGACGCACGAGACACCGAGGAGAACGUAAACAUUGACAGGGUGGUGAUGGUGGUGGUGGUGGUGGUGGCGGCGGCGCAUACCUGGAACCGGGCGGUGCAAAAAAAAACUGCUUCCAAGGUGCGUCUACCAGCAGGGAGGCAGCAGGGAACCAGUUGCUAGCUCUCAGCACCGCGAUACUUGGCGAGCGCGCGCACACACACACACACACACACACACACACACACACACACACACACACACACACACACACACACACACGUUUUUCCUGGCAUAGUGGAGGCGGGGACGUCUGGGUCUGGCUGGAGGAGUCUCAGAGUCAGCAGGACAGUGUAUGGUAGCGUUCCGUCAUUGGUCGGAGCAAGGGUGUGGGCCAUCCCCUCGCUCACGUCCAGCUGUUGCGGAGCUCCCAGGCCUCAGUGGCUCAGUCUGGCCCAGGCGCUGGUACUGACAGGCAGGGUGACGCGUCCCACCUCCAGCAGUGACCUCCAGCACGGCACACACGCCCCACGCUCGGUGUAUGCUCCCGACUCGGUAACGCGACCCGCGAGGCUUGGCACACGCCCUCACUCACCUGAAGGAAGCCCGAUGACUCCCGCAGGGAUUUGUAGGACUUUGCUACUGGCCUUGUUGAGUAUUACCUGAAAACUUGCUAGCAUACGCGAGUAACGGAACGCGGUGACCCGGUGACUGGCGAGGCGAGAGUACCCUGGCGAAGUCCUCACCGUGUGCCGCGAGCUGUAUUGAGUUGGUGUUUGUAUGAUGGUGUCGGCGCGGGUGUCGGCCACGGAGAGGAGUGCCCAGUGACAAGUAAAGGAAGUGGUGCUUGGAUCUGUCCUGCCAGUACUGCGGCUCGCCCCUCCACGCUGCCCCAUGUUCAGUUGAUGCGGGUCAAGAAUUUCACGUGAACAUCCUUGGAGGAACCUUAACAGCUGCCAGUACGUAGAGCCUCUUGGAAGUAGUGGAGGACACGUGUCUGCUACAACCCUCACCACCGCACCACCACCACCACCACCACCUUCGUCGCCGCCGCCGCCGCCAUGUUGCCUCCCCCGGAAGAGGUGGUGAGUGACGCCCGCGAGGGGGUGACGCAGGCGGUGCCCUUGGGGUGCAACUGCGGCGGAGAGGAGGUGGUCGCCAUGACGGACACGCUGCUGCAGGUGGAGUGUGAGGCUAAUGUCACGUGCACGGCGCUCACCACGGUGCCCGGCGCGACCAUCGUGUCCCCCAUACUGCUCUCCCUCAGCGGCGUCACGGGACAAAUCUGGGCGCUGUACUACCUCUACACCAGCACAAGGCCCCAGCACUCCCGCACCGUGUUCUUCCUGCUGCUCAGUACUCUCAUAUGGACGGACCUCGUGGGGAAAGUGAUCACUACGACGCCCGCUCUUAUUGCCUACGUGUACGGCGGAUGGGUUGGCGGGAAGCCGCUGUGCAACUUCCACGGGUUCUCCAUGAUGCUUAUCAGUCUGGUGACGCAUCUUCUGGUCUCCACCAUGGCCGUGGAGCGCUUCAUCGGCAUCAGGCACGGCUACUUCUACAACAAGAACAUCACCACCACCAGGACCAAAAUCCUGCUGCUGGGAAUCUGGCUCUUCUCGGUCCUGUUCUGCGCAAUGCCUCUCUUCGGCCUGGGUCAGUACGCCCUUCAGUACCCUGGCUCGUGGUGCUUCGUCAACAUACACGUGACUCCCGCCUCGCCGCUCCGUCACCGUAUCUACACCAAUGUCUUCGGUCUCUUCACGCUCAUCAACCUGCUCAUCAUGGUCGUGUGCAAUAUCGUCGUCAUCAUUGUCUUGCUGGAGAAAACACUUGCACGAAGAGGCAACUACUAUGAAGCCUCCCUCGCCCCGUCAGAGAGAGAAGGCGACGAGCACCAUCACAGCCCAGCGUCCACCCUCCUGUGCCUCCGUCUGUGUCGCCAGCGGUGUUGCGGCAAGAGCAUCUGUCAGCCCCAACGCAGCUAUCGUCAGAGGGAGCUGGAGAUGCAGAUGGUGAUUGUGCUUCUCGUCAUCACCAUCGUGUUCCUCAUCUCCUGGUCCCCUAUUGAUAUGCGCCUGUUCCUGAACCAGAUCUGGCCGCACAAGACCCGCGCAGACCACCUCCAGGACCUGAUUGCCGUACGCCUCACCUCCAUCAACCAAAUCAUCGAUCCUUGGGCGUACAUUAUUUGUAGGAAGGUGUUCGUGACUCGGGCGUGGCGGUGGAUGCGGCUCUCUCUCAUGGGCUCUCGGUUCCUCGGGCGGGAGAACUCAAGUCACCCCGGCAGCUCCAAGAAGGCGAUGCGUCCCCCGGAGAAGCCCCUCUACCGGCCAGCGUUCAAAGGUGCGCGGUGGCUGCAGAAGGUGGUGAAAGUGGUGGGGAUGAAAGAAACGAAGACGUGAAAGGUGAUAAGUCAAUAGGUUACAAGAGAGAGGAGGAGGAGGAGAAGGAGCUGGAGGAGGUGAUGGUGAUGAUGAUGAAGGAGAAAAGAAGAACACGAAGAAGGAUAAGGAGAAUAAGGAUAAGAAUAAGAACAAGAACAAAAAGAAGAACAUAAAUAAGAACAAGAACAAGAAAUCUUUAAAUCCUAGAUCGUUUGAUUUUAAGAACACAAAAACACAAGGGAAGAAGAAGAUCAAGAACAAGAAGAAUGAGAAGAUGAACGAAAACAAGAACAAGAAGAAUAAGACCAAAGCAACAAGAAGGAAAGAUUUUUAAGCCCUAGAUUGUUUGAUUUUAAGAACACACACACACACACACACACACACACACACACACACACACACACAAAGAAAAAAAAACAA